AUGGCCGUUGUAUUCGUUACUGUUGGCACGACUUCAUUUGAUGGGCUGAUUAAUGAGGUCAAUAAAGUCGAAUUCCAUGAAGGUCUUUCAAGAUUGGGAUAUAAAGAUCUGAUCAUACAAUAUGGAAGUGGAUCUAUCACACCCCGUAUUCCGGAAGACAUUUGUGCCGAAAAUACUGAACAUUUGUCUACAACUCCCUUCUUACGCAUGAAAUCCUUUCGAUACAAAGAUUCCCUUGUUGAUGAGUUUAAAAGUGCAUCAUUAGUUAUUAGUCAUGGCGGUGCAGGCACUUGUAUCCAGGCUCUUACUCCAUUUGGAAGUCGCCGACUAAUCGUCGUUGUAAAUGAAACGUUGAUGGAUAAUCAUCAGGAGGAACUUGCACUUGCUCUCUUGCAAGGAAAACAUGCUCUCGUUUGUACUCCUGCAUCACUUAACCAUUUGAUAUGGACAGGUGAUGAGUCCACUUAUUCUUCUCAGUUUUUAUGCAAAAAGUUUAUCUAAACGUAGAGCACGACGUUGAUUGCCUAGUAAAACAAAUCCACAAUUCGAAUAUAUAUGAUGAAUUGAAACAGCACAUCAUUAUGUCUAUUGUGUGCACAAUCUAUUCAAGCGCGUUUAUGAAAAGUUUACAACCUUUCGCUAUACGGGAUACAAAAAGGUACAAUCAGCGACAUCAUGGUGGCUGGCAAUAUGCAUUGAAACGAAUGAACAUUAAUCAAAUGUGGAUUACCGGACUCCUAACAUCUAAAUGGUCAUCAUUCAGAAUUUAUCGUCACAAUCGAUCAAUGUAUAAGAAAAGGAAACUUGUUGAAAUACUUUAUGCUGAGAAUUCUAUGUUGUACCAAAAAUAUAAUGUUGAAUAAAGCUUUUAAUAAUAAAUAAUAAAUAAA